CGAUGGCUUCUUGAAGAGGACGACUUCGGGGAGUACUUGGACCUUGUUGAUGACUUCAAAAUGCUGGCGGGGCCGAUGACAUUUGCAGAGUAUGUGACCACUCGAACUGACACCUUCGCGCUCGCUAUUGGCGGCUCGCCUGACGGGAGGUGCGCGUUCCAUACUCUGCAGCAUAUCGCCAAGGCACUGGGGAUUUCGGUGUGGUUUUCGCCUGCUGCUGUUGACAGCUUUUACGCCGCCCGGUGCGAACGCGGCCGCCCGAUCCCUGAAGCUGCGGAACGUUGGUGCCACCAAACAUGA